GCCUGUGUCUUGAAUCCUGCUGAAGAGAACGACGACGACUCCGGUGAGCUUCUUCUCCUUUGAUUUCUAUGUUUUCUGUGUGAUCGGUAGUAUCGGUCGGAAUGGCAAAAAUGGGUAAAGGUAAAGCAAAGCCUGCAAAGUCUGAUUUAAACAAAAGAGCUUCCAAUAUUUCAGAUGCCAAUGGACAAUCAAAGAAGAGAAUUAGAUCUGACAACGUUGAAAAGAUGCCUGGUUCUCGGAAAAUGCCAAGGCGAGCAGCUGCCUGUUCAAAUUUCAAGGAUAAAUCUUUUCGUUUAUCAGAAAAGUCUCUGCUUGUUGAGACAAAAAGGCUAGUUGAAGUGGAAGAUGAGGUUGCAGCCAUAGCUUUGACUUCUGUACAGGAAGAAGGUCGACCAACCAGAAGACUCACUGAUUUCAUCUUUCAUGAUGCUAAUGGAAAUCCACAACAUGUUGAGAUGUUGGAAGUAGAUGAUCUCUUUAUUUCAGGUGCUGUCUUGCCUCUGGAACAAUGUUCUGAUAAAGAGAAGGAAAAAGGUGUCAGAUGUGAAGGUUUUGGUCGAAUUGAAUCUUGGGCAAUAUCUGGGUAUGAAGAUGGUGAGCCAGUCAUUUGGGUCUCCACUGAUCUUGCAGAUUAUGAUUGUCUGAAACCUGCAAAUAGCUACAAAAGGAUGUAUGAUCUAUUUUAUGAAAAGGCUCGUGCUUGUGUGGAGGUUUACAAAAGACUGUCAAGGAGUUCUGGGGGUAACCCUGAUUUGAGUGUUGACGAACUGAUUGCUGGUGUUGUCCGUUCAAUGUCUGAUAGUAAGAAUUUUCCUCAUGGAACAUCCAUCAAGGAUUUCAUCAUUUCACAGGCUGGACUUCGGGAUGAGAGUAAAAUGCAGCGUGGCUUUGUGCCUGGAGGAGGGACUACAUCAGGCAGGGUGCCAAAUACCAGUCUGAAAAUUGGUGAUGGUGACCAAAUUAAUCAGUCUAUUUCAUCUGCUGGUAUAACAGAAGAAGACGAGGACAUGAAAUUGGCUAGGUUGCUGCAGGAAGAGGAAUAUUGGCAAUCAAUGAAACAGAAAAAGAGUCGGCGUCCUGUUGCUUCAUCAAACAAGUACUAUAUUAAAAUAAAUGAAGAUGAAAUCACCAAUGACUAUCCCCUUCCAUCAUACUACAAGAGCAGUAUCCAAGAAACGGAUGAGUAUGUCAUCUUUGACAAUGAUAUGGAAACAAGCAAUCCUGAUGAUCUUCCUCGUAGCAUGCUCCAUAACUGGUCUCUUUAUAACUCUGACUCUCGCCUGAUUUCUUUAGAGCUCCUCCCAAUGAAACCUUGUGCUGAUAUUGAUGUUACCAUUUAUGGAUCGGGCAUUAUGACAUCUGACGAUGGCAGUGGGUUCUGCCUAGAUGGCGAUCCUGCACACUCCUCUUCUGCUGGAGUUCAGAAUGUGGAUGGAAUUCCAAUUUAUCUGAGUGCAGUGAAGGAAUGGGUGAUUGAGUUUGGAGCCUCAAUGGUUUUUAUUUCAAUUCGAACUGAUCUGGCCUGGUAUCGGCUUGGAAAGCCUUCAAAACAGUAUGCACCUUGGUAUGAAACAGUUCUAAAAACAGCACGGCUUGCCAUUAGUAUUAUUACCAUGUUAAAGGAGCAGAGUCGAGUUGCUCGGCUGUCUUUCGGUGAUAUAAUCAGAAAAGUUUCUGAAUACGGGAAGGACCACCCUGCUUUUAUAUCCUCCAAUCCAGUUGCCGUGGAAAGAUAUAUAGUGGUCCAUGGACAGAUUCUGUUACAGCAAUUUGCAGAAUUUCCUGAUGAUAAUAUCAAAAAGUGUCCUUUUGUGUUUUCUCUUCAGGAAAAAAUGGAGCAAAGGCAUCAUACAAAGUGGUUGGUGAAGAAGAAGAUGGUACUAAAGAAGGAAGUUAAUAUGAAUCCAAGAGCAGCUAUGCAGCUGGUGGUAUCCGGUAGGAAAGCUAUGCCAGCAACAACAACAAAAUUGAUUAACAAGCUUUGGGGUGAGUACUACUCCAAUUACUUGCCUGAAGAUUCAAAGGAGGCAGAUGCUUGCGAACUGAAAGAGGAUGAAGAAAUUGAUAAUGAUCAAGAAGAAAAUGGUGAGGAAGAUUCUGAUGAGAUUGAAGAGCAAAAAGUUCAAGUUGAUGGAGAAAUUAGAAAAGCUUGCUCAACCAAUAAACCAAAAAAAUCUCUCUCUUCAACUAAAGAUAUUAUAUGGCAUGGAGAAAUAGUGGGGAAGACCUCUCUUGGUGAGUCUCUUUACAAACAGGCUUUUGUUCAUGGAGAUUUGGUUGUAGUCGGUGGCUUUGUGCUCUUGGAGACAGUGGAAGAUGAGCUUCCUCCUAUUUACUUGGUAGAGUAUAUGUGUGAAAAAGAUAUGAAAAAAAUGGUUCAUGGUCGAUUGAUGAUCCGGGGAUCCCAAACUGUUUUAGGCAAUUGUGCAAAUGAGAGAGAGCUAUUCCUCACCAAUGAGUGCUUAGAUUUUGAGCUUGAAGAUGUGAAAGAAGCUGUGGUGGCUGAAAUUCAGAAAUUACCUUGGGGACAUCAGCACCGGAAGGCCAAUGCCCUCAAGGACAAAGCUGAUCGUGAGCGAGCUGAGGAUAGAAAAAGGAAGGGUCUGGCAAUGGAAUAUUAUUGUAAAAGUCUGUACAUGCCUGAGAGAGGUGCUUUCUUUUGUAUUCCAACAGAGACUAUCAGCCUUGGCAAUGGAUGUUGCAGUUCGUGUACAAUAAAGGCCACUAAGAGGGAUGAAGAGACCUUUAACUUGGAUUUGUCAAGAAAAGCUUUUACAUUUGAGGGAACUCACUACAGUAGUGAAGAUUAUGUUUAUCUGGCUCCUCAGUAUUUUGAAACAGAAGUGAAGGACCAUGAGACAUUUAAGAGUGGUAGAAAUGUAGGGUUGAGAGCUUAUGUUGUUUGCCAAUUGCUUGAGAUUGAAGCAUCUAACAAGUCAAACAAGGCUAGCCCUGAAUCUACUAAGGUUAAAGUGAGGAGAUUCUUCAGACCAGAAGACAUUUCACUAGAGAAAGCCUACUGCUCUGAUAUUCAUGAAGUUUAUUACAGUGAACAAACUUUGGUUGUGCCAAUUGUAGCUAUAGAAGGCAAGUGUGAUGUCAGAAAGAAGCAAAAUCUCCCAUCUUCAGAUAGCCCUGCUAUCUUUGAGCAUAUCUUCUUUUGUCAACAUAUGUAUGAUCCUGAUAAAGGAGCUAUCAAGCAGUUGCCAGCUAAUGUCAAGCUGAGUUUAGCUAAAGAAAAGGUUUUUGAUGACGCUGCAAAUCGAAAGAAAAAAGGAAAGUGUAAAGAAGGAGAAAAUGAUUCUGAUGGUGCUGAUAAACAAACAGAUGCUGCCCAAAAGAAUUGCCUGGCUACCCUAGAUAUUUUUGCUGGCUGUGGUGGCUUGUCUGAAGGUUUACAGCGUGCAGGUGCGUCACUAACAAAGUGGGCAAUUGAAUACGAAGAACCUGCAGGAGAAGCAUUUAAACUUAAUCAUCCAGAGGCCUUGGUGUUUGUUAAUAACUGCAAUGUGAUUUUAAGGGCCAUCAUGUCAACCUGUGGGGAUGAUGAUGAUUGUAUAUCAACUUCUGAAGCAGCAGAGUUGGCAGCAAAACUCGAUGAAAAGGAAAUUAACAACCUGCCUCGUCCUGGACAAGUGGACUUUAUCAAUGGAGGUCCUCCUUGUCAGGGCUUCUCUGGGAUGAAUAGAUUCAACCAAAGCACAUGGAGUAAAGUUCAAUGUGAGAUGAUAUUAGCAUUCUUGUCUUUUGCAGAAUAUUUUCGACCUAGGUUUUUCCUUCUGGAGAACGUGAGGAAUUUUGUAUCAUUCAACAAGGGGCAGACAUUUCGGUUAACUCUUGCUUCACUCCUCGAGAUGGGUUAUCAGGUGAGGUUUGGCAUUUUGGAAGCUGGAGCCUAUGGUGUUUCCCAAUCUCGUAAACGGGCAUUUAUAUGGGCAGCUUCUCCUGAGGAAAUACUCCCUGAAUGGCCUGAACCAAUGCAUGUAUUUGCUAGUCCUGAGCUGAAAAUCACUUUAUCUGGAAAUGCCCAAUAUUCUGCUGUUAGAAGUACUUCAAAUGGUGCUCCUUUCCGAGCAAUAACUGUUAGAGAUACAAUCGGAGAUCUCCCGGCUGUUGGAAAUGGGGCUUCUUUAACAACGAUGGAAUACAAGAAUGAACCAUUUUCUUUCUACCAAAAGAAAAUACGAGGGGAUAUGCUGGUUUUGACAGAUCAUAUCUCCAAGGAAAUGAAUGAACUGAAUUUGAUUCGAUGUCAGAGAAUCCCCAAACGCCCAGGUGCUGAUUGGCGUGACCUUCCAGAUGAAAAGGUUCGGUUGUCCACGGGACAAAUGGUUGAUUUGAUACCCUGGUGCCUGCCAAACACAGCCAAAAGGCAUAAUCAAUGGAAAGGCUUGUUUGGAAGGUUGGAUUGGGAAGGAAACUUCCCAACCUCAGUAACCGACCCACAACCAAUGGGUAAAGUUGGGAUGUGUUUUCACCCUGAUCAAGAUAGAAUCAUAACAGUCCGUGAAUGCGCUCGUUCGCAAGGGUUCCCAGAUAGCUAUAAGUUUGCAGGUAACAUCCAGCACAAACAUAGGCAGAUUGGGAACGCUGUUCCUCCUCCAUUGGCUUUUGCAUUGGGGAGGAAACUCAAGGAAGCUAUAGAGUUGAAACGCUCAACAUAAGGUUUUGUCUGUUUGUACUGUAAUGAAUUCCCUGCAAGGGUUAUAGGAUUUAACAUCUGAAAAUGUCAAUGUAAUUUUCGGUCAAUUGAACAACUUCUGCUUUUCGGGUGCUUGGCAGAAAAUUGUAAAGAUGGUGCCUGGCACAUCCCCUCUUUUUCACCUCAAACUAAAUGUCUUGUAAUCUUUUUGGAAUUUAAAUGCGAUACAGGUAUCAUUUUCUUGCGCCCUUGUAUGGCUUUUGAAUAAUUGUCUUCCCAAAAC